UCGGAAACACAAACAGAUAAGAAAAGAUCCUUACGGACAAUGUUUAGUGGUUAAGUGAAAAGAGAAGCAUUCGGAUUGAACAUUAAGAUGAAAAACUACAAGAAAAUGAAAUCUUUAUGCCUGAUAUUUCUCUUGAUGACCAGGGAUGUUACAGUUUUGGCGUAUGAACACACAUUUAUCAGAUUAUACCGCGUGGUGCCAGAAGAAAAUAGUGUGUAUAUACUCAAUACAAAUAUUGGAGUCCCGAACCAUUUAUUUUGUGCAAAUCUUUGCCAAAAUGAAGAAUGUCUGUCAUUUUUGUAUGAUGAAGUCGACAAAAGGUGUGAAACCUACACAAGAUUGAUCGGGUCUGGGACGGAUGAGGACGUAAAUACGACAGCCAUGUAUUUCUACAAGCAUUCAGCACUCAGUAGCUGUUCAGAUAUUCCCUCUCGAUACCCGUCGGGUAUUUACCAAGGAGUUACGGCAGAAGAUAAAAUGUACACUUUCUUCUGUUACUUUGAUCUGACCGGGGUACAAUGGAUAGUGAUUCAGAGAAGACUCAAUGGAGUUGUCGAUUUCCAUCGCACCUGGAAUGAAUAUAAGAAAGGCUUCGGAGAUCUCUAUGGAAACUUCUGGAUUGGCAAGUUAUGAACUUUGUUAAUAUGCAUA